AUGGAAGACGCUCUGGAAGCGAUAAGAGAGAAACCUAAAGUAUAUUUGCACGAUCGAAAUUUGGUUGUUGAACCAAUCUCAAGUAGUGAUUCACAUGAUAUUCACGGAGGCAUUCUUACUACUGGUGGUGGCUUUCGGCGGAAUGAUGCCAUCAAUGCAGCUCCUGGAAAAAUGUCUAGCGAUAUCUCCAACCUUUAUGAUCGACACCGCAGGGAGAUGCACGCUUCUGCGAGUACUUCUAUCAGCUCGGAUUUGCACCACGCUAACACUGGAAGUGUUAUCGCCCAUUCUGGAUCUGUCAUUUCCAUGUCUGGCCCUAACGCUUCAACCUCCGCCUCCAUUCUAGGCAUGCCGGUUGGCAUUGCUGCAGCCGCCCCUGCAAUGAUGGCAGCGGCAAGAGCGCUUGGGCUGGCAAGAGGGUCAGGGAAUGGCCUUGUAUCUGCUACUGGGACUGUCCCUGGUACUUCGGAAGUUCUACUAACUGACCCAGGGUCUUUAGGUGGCCUUUUGGGUGCAACGGCUGCCCCAGUCAGACCUCAUCGAUUCGCUCCCGUUCAACCACCUUCAACUCCACCGCAUCGUCAUCGCAAUGAGCGCCCUUCGUCUCCACUCGAUGAUGGCGACAUUUUCGAAGCAGAUCCAAGCGCUACUCGGACACUUUUUGUUGGAGGCCUUGAAGCUGAUAUCUCCGAAACAGAAAUACAUGAAGCGUUCUCCCGUUUUGGCUCUGCCGAGCACGUAGAUAUCAAGCGCCCCGCCACCGGAGUUAAUGGGGGCCAUGUGUAUGCAUUUGUACGCUUUGCCAAUGUUGACCAAGCAGCCCGUGCCAAGGCCGAGAUGUCAGGUCGGUGUAUUCGAUCCUUGCACUGCAAAAUUGGUUUUGGGAAGCCCAUACCAUCAACCGCUGUCUACGUAAGCGGUCGUGACAUAUGGGGCCGCACAGAAGCAUUAGACCGCCUUUUAUCUAGGUGA